UCACCCAGGUGCGGAGUAAGCCUGUAAGAGACAGCGGAAGAACUUUCCAGGACUGCACUGUCGCUCUCCGGCCCACACCAAUCACCGCGCAGCUUGCCCUCCGGACCUCCCUUUUGGGGGCGUGUCACUAGUGAGUGAUAGACGGAGCCGCCCGGCCCCGCUCAGCCCAGCCCACGUUGCUGCUUAGAUUGAAAUGCAGAACUCAAGCCUCUUUCAUCGGGGCGCAGACUUCCUUUUACUCCUUCCUUUUGCACUCUCACCGCCUCCUCCCGGGGAGAAGCGGAGGCACCGGCUGCCCGGGACAGCGACAGUCAGGGUCACCGAGGCCGUGCAAAAAGUUUCUUUCUGGGAGCGCAGAACUGGGGCCCGGUUGGUGUACUGCUCGGAGCAAUGGAGCCAGCCUUUGGGGAGGUGAACCAGUUGGGUGGAGUAUUCGUGAACGGGAGGCCGCUGCCCAACGCCAUCCGGCUUCGCAUCGUGGAACUGGCCCAACUGGGCAUCCGACCUUGUGACAUCAGCCGCCAGCUCCGGGUCUCCCACGGCUGUGUUAGUAAGAUCCUGGCGCGCUACAACGAAACAGGUUCCAUCUUGCCUGGAGCCAUCGGGGGCAGCAAACCUCGGGUCACCACCCCCACCGUGGUGAAGCACAUCCGGACCUACAAGCAGAGGGACCCCGGCAUCUUCGCCUGGGAGAUCCGGGACCGCCUGCUGGCGGACGGCGUGUGUGACAAGUAUAACGUGCCUUCGGUGAGCUCCAUCAGCCGCAUCCUGCGCAACAAGAUCGGCAACUUGGCCCAGCAGAGCCAUUACGAUUCAUACAAACAACACCAGCCGGCGCCUCAGCCUGCGCUGCCCUAUAACCACAUUUACUCAUACCCCAGCCCCAUCACGGCAGCGACCGCUAAGGUGCCCACGCCGCCCGGGGUGCCUGCUAUCCCCGGCUCCGUGGCCAUGCCGCGCACUUGGCCCUCCUCACACUCGGUCACCGAUAUCCUGGGAAUUCGCUCCAUCACUGACCAAGUGAGCGACAGCUCCCCCUACCACAGCCCCAAGGUGGAAGAGUGGAGCAGUUUGGGGCGCAACAACUUCCCUGCAGCUGCGCCGCACGCGGUGAACGGGCUGGAGAAAGGAGCCUUGGAGCAAGAAGCCAAGUACGGGCAGGCACCGAAUGGCCUCCCAGCUGUGAGCAGUUUUGUGUCGGCAUCCAGCAUGGCUCCUUAUCCUACCCCAGCCCAAGUGUCUCCAUACAUGACCUACAGCGCUGCUCCAUCUGGUUAUGUAGCUGGACAUGGGUGGCAACAUGCCAGCAGCACCCCACUUUCCCCCCACAACUGUGACAUUCCCGCGUCACUGGCGUUUAAGGGAAUGCAGGCGGCCAGAGAAGGUAGUCAUUCUGUCACGGCUUCUGCACUCUGAUGGGAAAUUCCAUUUGCAGCAGCUUCACCCAGGUCCCCCCUUUUGGCACACCCUCCUCUCCUCCCCUGGUCUCGGAUCCCACCCUUCCUGCUCUCCAACUCUCCUGCCUCGAAAGCUGGCUUUACGGACUCACAUCCUUUGUGCUGAUGACACUUAAAUAUUUCUUGCCAUAACUGCUCUCUCACAGAAAACCUGACAUGACUUUAAGAUUUAAAAACAAAAGCAAUGCUAAGGAUCGAAAGAGACAUCUGUGUUGCCCACACACUGUUUUAACAUAGUGAAGAAACCUGCACCCCUCAAAGGGCUUAAGGGACUUUGUAAACUAGUCUUUGGUGAAACCACAUGUGUAUAUUUAUUCUAAAUCAACCUGAACUUUUGAAACGUGCAAUUGUUGAGAUUUUUCAAAUCAAUAAAGGAAAAUACAUGUAGAAAAAAGUUAUGCUACACCCUCUAAUCAAAUAAGGUGGUGAAAUAAGCCUUACUACAUCAUUAGAAAACCAAUCAAUGAUUGGCUUGAGUGAUGCUUUGUGUAUUUUAGAGACAGCCUACUUUGUUGAAAAAUAGAUGAAUCACACAAGCAGUAUCUGAAUUCAGCUCCUCCUGGUGUUUUGACUUGGGUUCAAAUACAGCAAUGUUUAUAUUUUCUACUAGUUUGUAAAUAUGGACUCUGGAUGGUGCAUUUGUGUUUUCACUCCUUCUCCCACCCCCACUCCUCUCUAUUUUAUUUUUUCUUUCCUUUUGCAAAGGUGACUUUCUGGCAAUGUCUUUGUCUCUGUUUGGUGGUGGGCUGCUUGGGCUCCUGGACCUGGACUGGCCCCAGAUUUUGUGUUUGCAGUGAAGGGCUUUGACAUCUCAUGAAGGACAUUUUCUUUCUACAGCUGAGGACUCAAAAAACAGAUCAAACAAGCCAGUCUCCCAUUUUGUAUACUAAUCAAAUAACACACAUGCCAAGCAUAUAAAGACAAGAGGGUGGAAAAUAGCUGAACAGAAAGCUCUAAAGAAAGUCACUUAGAAACUUAUGUUUAAUGUGAAAUGCUUUGCAAAGACACUUACAUGAACUUUGUUAAGAGAACCACUGUGAAACUAAAUUGUACUGUUAUUGUUGGCUUACCUGUGUGUUCAGCAAUCUCAGCCCCAAAUUAUGUUGUAACUUAAAGAAAAUGGAAAAUUCUGCUCUAAUGAAUGUAAAAAUGGCUUGCUGUGAAGUUUACAUUAUUGUACGGAAGCAUGUCUCACAUGUAGGUAAACUGGUGGUGGUAUUAGAAAUACAAAUGCUAUUUAACAAAAUCCACUUAUUCAUUUCUGGAGUUGACACAAUUCAACUGAUAA